AGCCAGCACUGAGUAAGAAGCAGAAGAUAAAGCAGCAGAAAACGCCUAUAAAACAAAAAAUAAAUAAAUAAAGAUGAUGUCCCAAUACAUGGAGGAGUUUGAACAGGAGCCCUUUGAAGUGGGUGAAUUCAUAGAACGACUCACCUGGCGCACAAAUAAUGAGCUGCAGAAUAGCGAAGAUUUCAAUCCUGUCGCAUUGCACGACACCUUCAUCCAGACGAUCAAGGAUCUCAAGAUAUUGCAGGAGAAGCAGCAAAGCAAGUGCGAGCGCCUGGAGGAAUCGCUACGUCAAGAGCAGGACUCGCAUGCCAAGAAAAUCACCAAAUUGCAGGAACGUCAUCAAACUGCCAUCGAUUGGUUUGGCCAGCUGGACGAGAAGAUCAAUUCGGUGGCGGGAAAAAUUAUGCAUCUGGGCGAGCAGCUGGAGAAUGUGAAUACGCCACGUAGUCGCUCCGUGGAGGCACAAAAACUACUCAGCUAUAUGGCGGAAUUUUUAAUGGCCGGUCCGGUUAUAGUCAAUGAUAUAUUCAGUGAUCCAGAUAGACUAAAUGAAGCGGCCGAUGUUAUACAGAAAUUGUAUGCCAUUUCACAGGAUCUACCGCCGGGUAAAUUUGCCGAGUCCAAGCGCAAGAUCGAAAAGAAAUAUGAUGAAGUGGAGCGUCGUCUCAUUGAGGAAUUUGCCACCGCCCAGAAGAGCGAGGAUAUUGAGCGGAUGAAGGCUUUGGCACAGAUUCUGUCCCAGUUCAAGGGCUAUACACAGUGCGUGGAUGCGUACAUCGAGCAGAGCCAAAUGCAGCCGUACAGCGGCAAGGACAUCUUCAUAGGAAUUGUGCCCAUGUGCAAGCAUCACUACGAGAUCAUCAAGAAGGUGUUCGCCAAUCCCCAACAGGUCAUGUCCAAGUUCAUACUGAACAUCUAUCAGCUGAAGCUGCAUCAAUAUGCCAUGACCAAGCUGGACGACAAGAAGGAUGAGGAGAAGUAUCUGCGCACCCUGUAUGAGCUGUAUUCACGCACCUUGAAGUUGUCCAGCGAUCUGCAGGUCUAUAUGUCCACCAUCGAUGAUGAUUUGCUGCAGAAGCUAACGCAGCAGAUUUUCAUGAAGAACCUGGCCGGCUAUGCUGAGAUUGAGAUGAGAUGCCUCACAGCCAAGUGCUCCUCGGAGCUGGAGAAGUUUUAUGCCAGCAAGAAGCAUCAGAAGACGCAAACUACUAAAGGAUUUCGACGCAACAUGGAGGUGUUGAUUGCCACCAGGGCGAACAUCAAUAUAGCUGCCAUAGAGGAUUAUGGCGGGGAGACGUUUCUCUCCGAGGAACUCGCCAUCAAUAUGUUGCAGGAGGCAAAGGCGUGUCUCAAGCGUUGCAGACUCCUCUCCAGUGAGACGGAACUACCCGGCAAUGCCAUCAAGUUGAAUGAUAUCUUGUUACGCUUCCUAAUGCAUGAGCAUGUGGAUUAUGCCUUGGAGCUGGGACUGCAGGCAGUGCCAUUGGCAGAGGGCAAAGUAUUUCCACAAUUGUAUUUCUUUGAUGUGGUGCAAAAGACAAAUAUCAUUGUGCAUCUGCUGGACAAGUUGUGCAACACGUCGGUCAUACCCUGUGUGAGCAACACUGCCAAAUACUCGGACUAUGUGUUCAAGAAGCGCAUAUUGAUGGAACAAAUCGAAACGAAGCUGGAUCAGGGUCUAGAUCGUUCAAUUGGCGCUGUCAUUAGCUGGGUUAAGGUCUAUCUGCAGUACGAGCAGAAAAAGACCGACUACAAACCCGAAACUGAUGUGGAUACCAUUUCCUCAGCUGCCUGUCUUCAAGUGGUGCAGAAUCUACAGCCGGUUAUUGUGCAGAUAAAGAAAUGCGUCGAUGGCGAAAAUCUGCAAAAUGUAUUGACUGAAUUUGGAACACGACUCCAUCGCAUUAUCUACGAUCAUUUGCAGACGAUGCAAUUUAAUACAGCCGGCGCCAUGUGUGCGAUUUGUGAUGUGAACGAGUAUCGCAAGUGUAUCAGGGAAUUGGAGAGUCCAUUGGUGACUCAGCUCUUUGAUAUACUCCAUGCUCUGUGCAAUUUAUUGCUGGUGAAGCCACAAAACCUUCAAGAGGUCUGCACGGGAGAUACUCUGAAUUAUCUGGAUAAGUCGGUUGUGCGUCAAUUUAUACAACUACGCACCGAUUUUCGCAUCAUCAAGAACACCAACUAUUUGAAGGGGAUCAUCGAAUAGAAGUACAGAACUAUUGCCAGAAUUCUGAGUCACAUUCCCAUUCAAACCAAUUUACUGUACGGUGUACUAAUUUAUACUAUAACAUAUAUUGAUAAUUAUUAUUUCGUGUUUGAACUUUCAAUUAAACUCAAGUGCUUGAGGGUUUCUUUUUUUUAUCUACACUCAA